UGGCGCAGCUGUUAAUUCGGAAUCGAAUAUAAAAUGUGUUAUCCAUUCCAAACAUUGUCAGUGGGUGUUUGAAUCGAGGUAUAGAUUAAAUGGGUGGGAAUCGACUCCACGGGGCGAAUCGGUAACGAAGGCAAGGUCAUGGCGGGGCUGGCGACGAGAGGCCGCUUCGCCUCGAUGAUGGCCAAGCAACUGGGACUCAGCCGCGCCUUGAGAACAACCGCUUGUGCUGAGGGAAGGAGGGCCCCCUUGGGCCCAAUGCCCAACGAGGACAUCGAUGUGCGGAAGCUGGACGAGUUGGAGAAGUACCGCAGCUACACGCCCUACUACAAGCGCGCAGAGGCCGAGCGAAUUAAGCACAAGUGGUGGAAGACGUACCGCGACUUCAUGCUCUACAACGGAGCAAGAGUGAAACCCGAUGAGUAUGGCUCAGGGCGGCCCGUCAACAUCGGGCUACCGCACCUGCGCCCUGCACGCGCGGCAGAGAGGCUGGCGCGAAGGACCGUGCUGCGGGAGAACCGGAGGAAUGCCGACCUGGAAAGGGCUGCCAGGAUGCGAACAUUGCAAAUCCCACUGGACGAGGUGCGGGCUGACUGGGAGAAAACUACCGGGCCCCAGCACAUCCAUGGCAUCGUCUCACACUACGGCAUCUACCGGGAUAUGUACAAAGGCGCCGAGUUCGUGCCGCGUGUGAUGCUGCGCGUCGCGUACGCCCUGCCCAAAGAGGAUGCCACUGCCCCUGUCUACUACGGCAACGUGCUCAUGCCCUUCGAGACGCAAGAGGCUCCAGAAGUAACUUUCGAAGCAAAUGAAGAUUCGCUCUGGACGCUCAUCCUCACUAAUCUCGAUGGCCACUUGCAGGAUAACGAGUCAGAAUACCUACACUGGUUUGUCGGGAACAUACCGGGAGGCCGGGUGUCAAUGGGACAGACUGUGUGCCACUAUCUGACACCGUUCCCAGCAAAGGGCACCGGCUAUCACCGUCUCGUGUUCCUCCUCUACAAGCAGGAGCACCUCCUCGAUUUUGGCACAGAGAUUCGGCCAGAGCCAUGUCGCAGCCUGAAAGAGCGCACGUUCCGGACAUUUGACUUCUAUAAGAAGCACGAGGAUGACAUCACUCCGGCCGGGAUCGCAUUCUUCCAGAGCCACUGGGACGAGUCUGUCACAGAUAUCUUCCACAACACACUCGAUAUGCGUGAGCCAGUGUUUGAGUACGACUGGCCCAAGCCAUACCACCCACCGCAAGUCAAGUACCCACACAAGAAGACUCUUCGCUACCUGGACCUGCACCGCGAAAGCAAUGAGCCGACCUACGGGAAUCAUUGAGCAAAAGGACGAGGCGCAGGUGGUGCUGAACUGAAGAGCUGAAGGCCCCCCAUGUGGCUACCUCUGCAUCAUUCACCAAGGGAAUUCUCCCCUUUGUACCGAGGCAGCAGCCCCACCCGUGCUUAUGCUUGAACUCCAUUCGGCAGAGCCCUCCCCCCCAGCAAGCAUAUUAUACUCCAGUUGAAUGUAGACACAUUUGGCAUUUUUUAUAAUGAGAGAGAGAUGGUCAUUAAUAGGCAAAGUAAAAAUGGAGUCUUGAGUGUGGGCUUGAACAGGAGCAGGGAGUUGACAGGAUGUUCUGCUGGAGGAAGAUAGCUAAACACUUAAAUUAAACAUUAAGCAACUGAAGGAGUAAUUUGAUGUGUUUAUUACACUUGACUUCAUUGACGCAUUUCAUCUGCUGCUUCUGUAGUGGUUGGAAGUACCCUUCUGAGUGGUUCCACAUCCGGCAGCUUUAAGAGUGAUCCCAGGGCCAGUUUGAGUAGUGACUAUGCGGAGUUUAUAAAACUACACUGUGGAUGUUAUAAUGCUUAACUGUGUAAUGACAAUCUUGAUUUGAAGCUUUACUCUUUGGUUCUUUCGGUAAAGUCACGUAGGUAGAAAAAUAAUAGAUCAUGACGUUUUGAUCGCAUCACAAGCAAUCGUC